ACACGCCUAGUCAGCCUGGACCAAUAGGAAUAGGUUUCAGGCUCCGAAAAGGUCCGAGUGCGCAGGCGUGAUAAUGGUCGGGCGGCCAUUUUGUGCAACUUUAUUGACCGUAUCGGGGUCAAGUGAGCUCUCUACGAACACGCCUGGCCAUUCUGAUUCAGUAGGAAUACCCCGUUUCUCUCUGAGCCACUUUGUUUUUGCAGACCCACGGUUUGAGCGAUCAUGGGUUCCCCAGAGAGAUCCUUGGAGGAUAUUGUACAAGAAACAAUUGUAAACCCUAGCCCGAGAAAGCGGUAUAUUAGUACAAGUUCUGAUGAUGAGAAAUUCCCACCAGCUAAGCGUCCCGAAGAAGAAGACCAAGAACUUUAUGAAAUCUGGCAGGGAAUCUUGGAAGAUGCAGCGGCAGAAUCUUUUGGAGCUCAGGAGGGUGAGGACCGCGGCCUUGACACACUGCCUCUAGCAAUAUGGAACUAUACAGAGCCCGGGAACAUGCAUAUCAGGAAUCCUCCCGCUGUGAGAACGCAUCAACCCAGCCAUGUUACUAUGCAGAAUUUCCUAGGACUACAAGUGGAUGAUUCAGAUUACAUACCAGCAAGGAAAAGACGUUCUGCUAUGAAAGGCCUUGUCAGAGUGGGGGUAUAUGGAAUUUUAAAAUACUGCCUGAAGAAUUACAUGUAUGAUUCAUGCUACGGGUGUAUGGUUCAAGCAGGGGGGCAAGACUCACAUGAAUGUGUUACUUGGACCGAUAGAAAUGUUUCCAGAUUUAUUAGAACAUUGUCAUCAAGGAUGUGUGUGAAAGCAGUGCUCCACAUAAUUAUUAUAAUUGCUUACAGCUUGAAAAUGUUAUUGCUAUCUAGUGAUACCGUGAAUCAGACUCUAAACCUCAUCAGCAGGGUUAAGGGUUCUGAUGACCCGCAGGCUGUGUUAGAAGCUAUCCCACAACAGAACGAUUCCAGAAUGCUCUCUUUUGUGAACUGUGUCCUCGAAAAAAGGGGAUACAGACAGUUUCUUGUUCCAGAGAUACCUGAAUAAAUUCCCUCGCAAAAGUCUAAUGGAACUGUUGUACACGACUG